AUGCGCAGCGCUCUGCUCGACGAGUUCCGCAUCAAUGGCAACAAAUCCAACAAGCGAUACGAGCUCAGGGACAUUUACAAUCACGCCGUCGAGUUCAGCGGAGAUCAGCAUGGCUCGAGAUUUAUCCAGCAGAAGCUCGAGACUGCCAACAGCGAUGAGAAGGAGCAGAUAUUCCGCGAGAUUGAGCCAAACGCCGUCCAGCUCAUGAAGGACGUCUUUGGCAACUACGUCAUCCAGAAGUUUUUCGAGUAUGGAAGCCAGCUUCAGAAGAAAAUCUUGGCGGAGAAGAUGAAAGGCAAAGUGGUUGAUCUCUCGGUCCAGGUUUACGCCUGCCGUGUGGUUCAGAAGGCUCUGGAGCACAUCCUGGUCGAGCAACAAGCUGCCCUGACACGGGAGCUGGAACCCGAAAUCUUGCGGGUCAUCAAAGACCAAAACGGCAACCAUGUUGUGCAGAAGAUCAUCGAGCUGGUGCCGAGACAGCACAUUGACUUCAUCAUGAAAGCUGUGCGUGGACAAGUGACACCCCUGGCCUCUCACGCAUACGGCUGCCGAGUCAUUCAACGGCUGCUCGAGCAUGGCACAGAGGCCGAUAAGGCGGAGAUUAUGGGCGAGCUCCACGCCUCUGCCCAGCUCCUCAUUACCGACCAAUAUGGCAACUACGUCGCCCAGCAUGUCAUCCAGAACGGCGAGCCGGAAGAUCGCGAGCGCAUCAUUCGGCUGGUCAUGGGCCAGCUCCUCACCCUCUCCAAGCACAAGUUUGCUUCCAACGUCGUCGAGAAGUGUAUCGAAUACGGAACACCGGCGCAGCGCACAACCAUCCGGGAGCAGCUGACGACCGCCGGGCCUGACGGGAACAACCCUCUCCAGCAGAUGAUGAGAGACCAGUUUGGCAACUAUGUGAUCCAAAAACUGCUGGGCCAGUUACAGGGCGAUGAGAGGGAAGCUCUGGUCGAGGAGAUCAAGCCCCAAUUCUACACUCUGAAAAAGAGCGUAGCUUCCCGACAGGUACAGGCGCUCGAGAAG